AUGGCAGAUUACGGUGGGAUGAUAAGAAAUUGGUUUGUUAGUUUAUGCUACAUUAUGAGAAGUUUGAUUUUCCGAAUACUAUCCGUUGGUCCAAUACCAAACCACAUUGCUUUCAUUAUGGACGGUAACCGUAGAUACUCAAAGAAACAUAAUCUCGGCCAAGGAGACGGUCACAAAGCCGGCUUUAUUGCACUCAUGUCUCUUUUGAAAUAUUGCUACGAAUUAGGUAUAAAGUACGUCACCAUCUUCGCCUUCAGCAUCGACAAUUUCCGAAGGCAUCCUGCCGAGGUUCAAUACGUAAUGGACCUCAUGCAAGACAAGAUGGAAAUAUUACUCAAAGAAACAACUAUCGUUCAUGAUUACGGCGUUCGAAUUCAUUUCGUCGGAGACUUGAAACUCCUCCCAACUCCGGUUAGACUUGCGGCGGAGAAGGUCAUGCGCGCCACCGCUAAUAAUAACAGGACCGUGUUGUUCGUCUGUGUGGCGUAUACUUCUUUGAAUCAGAUUAUUCGUGCGGUUGAAGAAGCUUGUCAUGAGAAGAUUAUAAAGAUUGAUGAUUGUAUUAAUUAUAAAGAUGAGGAAGUUAUAAUGGAGGUGGAUAUUGAGAAGUAUGCUGACAUGGCGGUUGCGCCUGAUCCUGAUAUAUUGGUGAGAAGCUCCGGCGAGACUCGGCUGAGUAAUUUUCUGUUAUGGCAGACGAGCAAUUGCAUGUUGUAUUCUCCCAAAGCGCUGUGGCCGGAGAUGAGUUUGAAACAUAUUGUAUGGGCUGUUUUAGAUUAUCAACGUCACUAUCUGUUCUUGGAGAAGCAGAGGAAGAAGAAGAUGAAGCAACUUUGA